AUGGCUGAUUCAGUGUCUGUUCCUGUUUCACUAUAUUCGCUAGCUUCUUCUAUUCCGAUCUUUAAUGGGACAAAUUUUUCAAAUCGGAAUGAACAGAUUCAGUUUCACCUUGGUGUUUUGGACCUGGACUUAGCUCUGCGAAUAGAUAAACUUGUUGCUAUUACUAAAACAAGCUAUUCGAAGCCGCGAGCUUUGUAUAGGUCAUGGGAAAGGUCGAACAGAUUAAGUAUUAUGCUCAUGCGGAUGUGUAUAGCAAAUAAUAUUAAAUCAACACUUCCCCAACUUGAAAAUGCAAAGGAAUAUCUUAAGGUUGUGGAAGAUCGAUUUCAUUCAGCAGACAAGUCCCUUGCAUGGAGAUUAAUGGCUAAACUUAUACCAUGA